AGAGUGUGAGAACUCACACCAGCACACAUACACACACACACACGCACACACAUAGUCUCUCUCGCUGCCUCUGUCACCACGACAACCACACAUAGAUGACUCAGAGAUGAGAUAAAGCGAAAAAGGAGGGAGGGACAAAAAACAUGGAAUUACUUUAGAGAGGAAAGUGAAGAAGAGAGAAGGAGACAGAGGACGCUCGCCAUGAUCAAAGUCUUCAGAUAAAAAGAGUGAACUGCUGGAAGUCUCAGUUGCUACGAAACACGAAUAUUAAGUGUUUACCUCUCAUUUCCUGAAAUAUCUACCCUUAAAAACAACAAAGAUGUGAGGGCAGAAAAUAGUCUUGAAGAAGGUGUGGUAUUUUCAUAUUCAGCACAAAAGGAACCAGAAACGAAGCAAGGACCACUCAUCACUCUAUCAAGCAACUUCUCCGCGCGCUGGCCUGCCAUGGAGGCAGAUGACGAGCCCUUGUUGCUUGAGACGGCAGGUGACGGCCUCGGCGAAGACGGCAUGCAGGACGAGGAGGACGAGGAAGACUUGGAGAACUUGACCGUUCAAGGAGGAAGCGAUGGACCACAAGGACUGUGGUGGGCGGUGGGCUGGGUGUACACCACACCCUGGGCCAGUGGGGUGGUGUUGGGGCUAGGCUUCCUGCUCCCCUUCGCCUUCUCGGCAUACAUGUUCCUGCGCUACCCUCCGCUGGACAUCGACCUGUCCUACAGCGCCUUCGAGGUGCGCAGCCACUCGUCCGCGCAGCACUUCGACGCGCUCGCCAUCGCCCUCAAGACCCAGCUCGGCUCCUGGGACAGACACAGGCGCAACGCCGACGACUACGACUCGGAUAUCCUCCGUGACCUCUUGCAGGCCAAACUUAACAUGCAGGGUGGCGGCAGAGGCAAAGCGGCAGGCAAGGAAAAAGAGGCUUCAGCGGGGGGGCUGCAGAAUGAGACAGAGACAGCGCACUCUCAGGUAAGCAACGAGGAGACCACGGCAAACGUCACGCGAACUGACGAAGACGUCAAAAAGACGCCGGGGGAGGAUGCUGGAGGAAAGACUGCUGGAGACCUGGAGGACCAACCAUCGCACGACAACAAAACCAGCCUCGGAGGAUCCCACGGUCCCGGCUCCUUGGUUUGUGAAGAGGGUGACGGGGAGAGAGAGGGAGGAGGGGAGACCAGGGUCAGGAAGGCCAGGUCAGCAGGUAUGACCUACUCCUAUUUGCAGAGCCAGGCUCUGUGGCGGGUGGAGCUGGUGUUCGUGGCACAGGGUGACGGUAGCCGCAACAUCUUCACGCCGGAGCGCCUGCGCACCAUCCACCGUGUGGAGCGCCUGCUCAUGGAGCACCCGCUGUUCCAGCAGUUCUGCUGGAAGCCCAUGGAGCUGCGGGACCUGCCCCUGGGGCCGUCCCACUGCUCCCCGCCCAGCUCGCUCCUCUCCUACCUCUUCCCCAGCGAGCGCGCCGGCAAGAUCUACUUCGACGGCAUGGGCCCCGACCUGGCAGACAUCCACGGUGCCUUGAGUCUAGCAAUCACUCAUCCUCAGUUCUACUGGUACGUGGAUGAGAACUUGACCCCCGACAACCUCUGCUCCUCUCUGCUCCGCAGUGAGAUCCACUUCGGCGCCCCCCUGCCCUCAUUCUACUCCCUGCAGGACAGGUCGCAGGAGCAGAGGCGCCGCUUCAGGGACUUUGUGGUGCAGUACGCCGACAUCCUGGCCCGACAAUCCACCAGCCAGGUGAAGGUUCUGUAUGGAGGAACCGAGUUGUUUGACGACGAAGUCCGGCGUACCUUUCACAGUGACAUGCUACUUGCCGUCUUCAGCGGAGCCUGCAUCUCCAUCUUAGUGUACAUCCUCACGUCCUUCUCAGUGUUUCUGACAUUCUUUGGCCUGGCCAGCAUUGGUCUAAGCUGCCUGAUGGCACUGUUCCUUUACCAUGUGGUGUUUGGGGUGCGAUAUCUGGGGAUCCUUAAUGGAGUGGCAGCAUUCGUUAUCAUUGGGAUUGGAGUGGAUGAUGUGUUUGUGUUCAUUAGCACCUUCCGGCAGGCAGUGCACCUGCGGCAGCCCGAGCAGCGAGUGGUCUACACAGUGAAGACUGCCGGCCGCGCCACCUUCCUCACCUCCUUCACCACGGCGGCCGCCUACGCCGCUAACACCUUCUCCCAGAUCCCGGCGGUCCACGACUUUGGCUUGUUCAUGGCCCUCAUCGUGAGUUGCUGCUGGGUGUGGGUGUCCUUGAUGAUGCCCGCUGCCCUCUGCAUAUGGAGCCAGUGCUGGGCUGCCCAGGGAAAUGCCUGUCGGAAAUGGAGGAAUGUCAUCUCCAGCAUGUCCACGGUGAGUCAGAGCCCUCUUUCAGACGAAGACGACGUGGCCUUGCUAUCUGUGGAGAUGGAGAUAGACCCACGUGAGGUGGAGACAGACAUAGCGCUGCUGUCUUUGAGCGUGGACCCGCCACAGGACCCGUCGGGGAAGGGUGGUAUCGGGGUGGUGAGCACCUGGCUCCAGUGGGUCCUGCGCCACUGGGUGGCAGAGCCGGUGGUGGAGAGACGCAAGGCGGUCAUCGGUGUGUAUAUCCUGGUUCUGCUGGCCUCUGCCUUCUGCUGCUGUCUGCUACGCCCGGCUAGUCACGCACCGCUCCUCUUCCGCCAGGACUCCAACAUCCAGACGCUCCUCAAUCUCCGCGGCAACCUGAGUGCCCAGGGAAUCUCCUGCCUCACAUGCUCAGGCUCCUUCAUGGAGAGACCUCAUUUCCUGCACAGCGUCGGCCACCACGUGCCCGCCAUGCCAGGGCCUGCGGCUCAACAGCACUCUCGCGCCGCCUCCAAUCCUUCUCUCCACGGCCAGCCCAAAUCAGCCGCCCCCACCUCCCAAUCAGGAAGGCUGCUCACAGUGUAUGUCUCCAAGUUGGACAUGGGGUCUGCGGUCACUCUCUAUCGCUUCUCUCUGAACGCCACCGUCCCGGCACCCUGGACAGCACUGACACCUGGCCACGGAGAGGUGCCAUCGUUCCAGGCAUAUGGCAGUCCCCAUAGCAACUUCAGCACCAGGCUGACGGUGUGUGUCUCGCACGCGUACCGCCCGAAUCCCCACUGGAUGAUCACAACCCGAUCAUGUGACCCGCACCACGGCUGGAGAGCAGAGUUCAACUUUUAUGUGGCGUCUGCCGAGCAGCAGCACACCAGGAGGCUGUAUUUUGCACAGCACCGUCUGAGUCCUCACCCCAGCCGCGUGUGUGCUGAGCCGCCGGGCUGCGUGAUCAACAGCGGGCCUGAUGGGCCGACCCAGGGCAGCUUCUACGCCCCGCUUAGUACCGCAGAGCCGACCCUGGCAAACACAUCCAAGACCUCGGGCUUUAACCCCUGUGGGGGAGGCGUGUGCGGGAAGCCGGCAGUGCGCCCCCUGGUGGACACUGGAGCCAUGGUGUUUGUGGUGUUUGGCAUACUUGGCAUCAAUCGGACACAGUACCUGGACAACCAUGUCAUUGGAGAUAUGGGCAGUGUAAUCUAUGAUCCCAGCUUUGACCUCUUUAAAGAGAUUGGCCAUCUCUGCCAACUCUGCAAAGCCAUCAGUGCCAACAGCAAGCUGGUCAAGCCUGGCGGAGCGCAGUGUUUACCUGCAGGCAACAGCCUCUCCAGCAUUCUCCCUCUGAUGCACCCAGAGUGCCACUCCCUGCCCGAGCCCAACCUGCUGCCGGGGCAGCUGUCUCACGGGGCCAUCGGUAUGCAGGGGGGCCGAGUGCACUGGAUCUCCAUGGCCUUCGAGUCGACUACCUACAAAGGGAAGUCGUCGUUCCAGACGCACGCUGACUACGUGCAGUGGGAGAGCUUCCUGCAGGAGCUGCUGGCCUCUCUCCCGCAGGCGUCCUCUCUGCGCCGUGGCUUCCAGACCUGUGAGCACUGGAAGCAGAUCUUCAUGGAGAUCAUUGGUGUGGAGAGCGCCCUCUACAGUCUCCUCCUGUCGCUGGUCAUCUGUGUCGCCGCCGUGUCCGUUUUCACCGCUCAUCCACUCCUGCUGCUGCCCAUCCUGCUCAGCAUUCUGGGGGUGGUGUGCACAGUGGUGGCUAUCAUGUACUGGCUAGGCUGGGAAAUGGGCGCGGUGGAGGCCAUCUCCCUGUCCAUCCUGGUGGGCUCGUCGGUGGACUACUGCCUGCACCUGGUGGAGGGCUACCUGUUGGCUGUGGACACCAACACCGCUGCCGUCGCUGCUGCAGCUGCCGCCGCAUCUGCUGCAUCCACUCCCAGUUCACCUCACUGCGGGGAUCCUUUCGGCCUAAGGACCCUGGAGGCCAUUGACCACGUCGGCGUUGCCAUAGUAUCCAGUGCCGUCACCACGGUGAUCUCCACCGUCCCACUCUUCUUCUGUGUCAUUGUGCCUUUCGCCAAGUUUGGCCAGAUCGUAGCCAUCAACACAGCUGUGUCCAUCGUGUUCACCUUGGUAGUCACCACAGCCAUGCUGGCUGCCAUGGGCCCUGAGGGCUUCCGUAGGCCCCCCAGGGCGGUGCUGAGAGCCAGCCUGGUGGUGCUACUUGCCAUAGGCCUGGGGGCCGUCGUCUUUUGGGUCUGGGGCCAGCUGUUCCCCGGCCCCUGGUACACCUUCAACAUGUAAACAACAAAGAUGUCAGUGAACAACCCCACUGCUGCAUCGGAAUGACAAGGCAGGGCGUAAUAAUUCCUUGUCUAUGCACAAACACACAUGAUGUACAGGUUUUAUGAAGCAGAACUUACACUGUAUAUGAACACGACAGACUGAAUAAUAACUACACAUAGAUAUGUACAAAGUUUUUCAAACUUUUCUAUGUACAGAACUUGAAGUGAGAAAAAAGGGUCAGUUGUGACAGUAGAAAAGACUGUGUUUUGGCCCUUUGAAUUCUGUGAAUUCUUCUAGCAUUAAUGUAUGACAAAGGGAACUUACCAGAGAGACACAAGAGACAGGCCGAGAGACUGAGUUGGAAAGAGAUGGUGCCCAAAAGAGAUGGGCAGAACAGACGUGGUAGAAGAGGGGAGAGCUGCAGAGAUACAGAAAGAGGCAUAGAGCAAGACAACAACUGCAGACAUGAAGAGAGAGAGAGGUAUACAUAGAAAGAGAGAGAGAGAGAACAAGAAAAGAAUUGCAUAUAUAUACAUAGAGAAAGAGGUAUACAUAGAGAGAGAGAGAGAUCAAGAAAAGAACUGCAG